CAAGCAAAAUGGAGGAUAUAUUGUCAACGGCAUUGGCCGACUCUUUGACGUGUCCUAAGAUUUACGAUCACGCUGAUCUACAACUACCUCGGACCAUUCUCUCCUCCUUAGUAUCUCUUCUCGUCAUAUCUGGCAACUCCUUGUGUUUGGUUUGUCUCCGUAAGUCUCAAGCUUUUGGAGGCACCACAAGAGUCUUCAUGACGUCAUUGACCAUUGCCGAUCUUAUGAUGGGAGUCUUCAUCUGUGUACCUUCCUCAACAUACGCUACAAUAUCAGGUUGGGUGUUAGGGUACCCGACUUGCCUGGUGACCGCCCAUCUCAAUUUCUAUCUCGUAACAAUGUCGGUUCUUUCACUGCUUCUGGUGAGUUUAAACCGCUUUAUUUCGGUUGUGAGACCGUUCUGGUACCAGACUAUCACACCUUCCCAAGCUACCGUUACUGUCGUGGUAUCUUGGGUCAUGGCUCUCGUGUUCAGUCUGGUUGUCCUGUUCACGGGCGGUAUCAACGUUUGCUUCGACGCCAUGUUGAAUAUUUGCAUUCCACUCUCGGCGCAAAAAGAACUUGGUAUCAGUAUAAGCACUGUGACGUCAUUUGUUGUCGUCAUCGUCGUUUCGUACCUGCUAACCAUUGGUAUCUACGUCAGGCUGUACCUGAUAGCUAGACGCCAUCUCAGGCAAAUGAACAAUCGAGAAGCAAAUGAUAAUCCAGCGGGCCACGUCCAACUUCCACUCAACAAGGCAACUAUAACUUUUGCCAUUGUAACAGUAGCUUUCGGUGUGGCGUACAUCCCGAUGAUACUUAUUGCUGUUGAUUAUUUCAUAAAUGGGACAGGGUGUCAGCUUUUAAUUUGUGGCUUAGCACCGCUGUGUACUUUGUCAAACAGCUGGUGGAAUGUAGCCAUUUAUUCUAUCAGGAAUGCUGAAUUUAGAGAAACUAUGAAACAUGUUCUGCAGUCGGCGUUCAUUAGGCGUCCUCGACCACAACGUGUGAUCCCGGUCGUGUCAUCCUAA